AUGGCGGUUAAGAAGGCCUGCGAGUCCUUCUCCAAGAGCUUGAUCGACGAAGUGCAGAGAUGGGGCUGUAUGAAGCAGACGGGCGUGAGCCUCAGGUACAUGAUGGAGUUUGGGUCCAGACCCACGCGGAGGAAUUUUAUAAUCUCCGCUCAGUUUCUUCACAAGGAGCUUCCCAUUAGGAUUGCUAGGCGAGCAAUUGAGCUCGAGGCCCUCCCUUAUGGCUUGUCUGAGAAACCUGCCGUUUUGAAGGUACGAGACUGGUAUUUGGAUUCCUUCCGCGACCUUAGAUCCUUUCCUGAAAUUAAGGAUGCUAAUGAUGAGAAGGAAUUUACACACAUGAUUAAGGCGAUUAAGGUAAGACACAAUAACGUGGUCCCAAUGAUGGCUUUGGGCGUUCAACAGUUGAAGAAAGGCAUAAAUCCGAGGAUUGUCUACGAGGAUCUCGAUGAGAUUCACCAAUUUUUGGAUCGCUUCUACAUGUCAAGAAUUGGAAUUCGCAUGCUCAUUGGCCAGCAUGUCGAGUUGCACAAUCCCAACCCCCCUCCUCAUGUUGUGGGUUAUAUACAUACAAAAAUGUCUCCUGUGGAGGUAGCACGAAAUGCUAGUGAGGAUGCCCGCUCAAUCUGCCAACGGGAGUAUGGCAGCGCACCUAAUGUUAAUAUCUAUGGGGAUCCUGAUUUUACAUUCCCGUAUGUUCCAACACACUUGCAUACCAUGGUCUUUGAGUUAGUUAAGAACUCCUUGCGUGCUGUCCAAGAGCGGUACAUGGACUCGGACAAAGUUGCACCUCCUGUUAGAAUAAUAGUUGCCGAUGGAAUUGAGGAUGUUACCAUCAAGGUAUCAGAUGAGGGGGGUGGCAUAGCAAGAAGUGGACUCCCCAAAAUUUUUACAUAUCUUUACAGCACUGCAAGGAACCCUUUGGAUGAGCAUUCAGAAAUCUCUGAAGCUGAUGCGGUUACAAUGGCUGGGUAUGGAUAUGGGCUUCCUAUAAGUCGCUUGUAUGCUAGGUAUUUUGGAGGAGAUUUGCAAAUUAUCUCAAUGGAAGGAUAUGGGGUAUUUUCUGGCAUUAGCCAUACGCUAUCGUAA